UAUGUAAUCAUAGUAAUUAUUUAAUCUCAAGAAACUAACACAUGUAUAGUACGAAGGCUGUUAAGUGGAAGGGGAUUUCAUUUAUAAGCGGCCUAUCUGUACUGCGUAUGAUUUUUUAGAUUGAUAUAGUGCGUUCGAGUAAAAGCAAAAAGAUGUCUGCACCUACGCAUACCUUAAGUAAUGGACAAAAAAUUCCCGUCCUAGGACUUGGUACUUGGCAAGCUGGAGACGAUCCAACUGUAGUCGAACAAGCUGUACGAGAUGCGGUGGAUGCCGGAUAUAGGCAUUUUGAUUGUGCUUAUAUCUAUCGCAAUGAAAAAGAAAUCGGCAAAGCUUUGCGCGACAAGAUUGCUGAGGGUGUGGUAAAAAGAGAGGAUUUAUUUAUCACGACAAAGUUAUGGAAUACGAUGCACAAGAGAGAAGAAGUAGUACCAGCAUGCAAAAAGUCACUUGAAAAUUUCGGAUUUGAUUAUAUUGAUCUUUAUCUUGUUCACUGGCCCGUAGCUUUUAAUAAAACUGACAAAAUGGAUCUAUGGCCAGUUGAUGAGAAAGGUAAUCCCAUGUAUGGAAAUGUGGAUUUGCUCGACACAUGGCGAGGAAUGGAAGAAUGCAUAAAACUGGGAUUAACAAAAAGUAUAGGUCUUAGCAAUUUUAACUCCCAGCAGAUCGAUCAUAUUUUAUCAGUCGCUGAAAUCAAACCUGUUAUGAAUCAAGUGGAAUGCCAUCCAAAUUUAAAUCAAAAAAAGUUGCGAGAUUUCUGUGCACAACGUGGUAUAUCUAUCACGGCUUACAGUCCAUUUGGUUCUCCUAGACGUAUUUGGGCGAAACCUACUGAUCCACAAGUUACGAUCGAGACGCCAGAAAUAGUGACGAUUAGCCAAAAAUACGGCAAAACACCGGCUCAAGUUGUUUUGCGAUACUUGAUUGAUAUUGGUACCAUUCCCAUCCCAAAAUCCAGUUCUAAGGAACGCAUAAAACAAAAUAUAAGCAUCUUUGAUUUUAAAUUAACACCUGAAGAAAUUGCAACUAUCAAUUCUCUUGACCGUGGACUUCGUAUUUGUCCUGCUGAGCAGUUCAAGGGACACGUGGAUUAUCCGUUCAAUAUAGAAUUUUAAAAGAAAAUUAUUUCAAUCAAUUGUACUAUUUUGUUAAAUAUUUUUGUAAACCUAUAUUCUAUAUAAUCUUCGUUCAUAUAUUUGUAAUUAAUUUGAUUUUCAAUAAAUCAA